UUGACAGCGGUUGGUACUGAGCGAAGUACGGCGGCACAAAAUCCGUCAGUCUGUAUUUUUUUUUCUUUAGGUGUUUAACGUUUUUAAAAGUUGACAUCUGCAAGUAUGCAGUCCGAAUCGGGAAUAGUUCCCGACUUCGAGGUUGGAGAGGAGUUUCAAGAGGAACCUAAAACGUAUUACGAAUUGAAGAGUCAACCCUUGAAAAACAGCAGCCCGUCGGACCAGCAUGGCUCCUCCAAGCCCCCGCUGAGCUCCUCGGCCAUGACAUCACGCAUCCUGCUGCGGCAACAGCUGAUGCGGGAGCAGCUUCAGGAGCAGGAGCGGCGGGAGCAGCAGAGACAACAGGCCUCCCAGUACCCACAAACCACAGCUGCACAGACCCCUGCCAUCAAUGUCAGCGUCCCAGUCAGUUUACCGCCUGCUGCACAGGUGCCAAUGGAGGUGUUGAAGGUCCAGACUCACCUGGAGAACCCAACCAAGUACCACAUCCAGCGGUCUCAGCAGCAGCAGGUGAAGCGCUACCUGGGAAAGCUUGGCUCUCAGGUGUUGAGCUUGCCCUGCCCCAACCAGUCCUCUGACCACGGGGGCAUGCCGCCAGGGCCGGGCAACAGCGCCCCCAACAGCCCUAUGGCCUUACUGACCCUGAACUCUAACUGCGAGAAAGAGAUGGAUGAUGUCAUUGAUGACAUUAUUAGUCUGGAGUCCAGUUACAGUGAUGAUAUCCUUGGCCUGAUGGACCCAGGUCUUCAGAUGGCUAAUACGAUCCCCGUCCCUGCUAACCUCAUGGACAUGUAUGGUAAUCAGGGUAUGUCCCAGCAAGGUCUGCCCAUCAGCAACUCCUGCCCUGCCAACCUGCCCAACAUCAAAAGGGAAUACUCAGUUUCACAUUCCCCGGCCAUCAUGCAUAUGCUGGACAAGUCUGGAUCCUGUGGCAAAUUUGACAACUAUCAAAGGCCUGAAGGGUUCCCUGUGGAAGCUGAGGUAAGAGCAAUGGCAAAGGAAAGACAGAAGAAGGAUAACCAUAAUCUGAUUGAGAGAAGACGACGGUUCAACAUCAACGAUCGAAUCAAGGAAUUGGGAACUUUAAUUCCAAAGUCCAAUGACCCGGACAUGCGCUGGAACAAAGGCACCAUCCUCAAAGCGUCAGUGGACUACAUCAGAAAGCUGCAGCGGGAACAACAGAGGGCCAAGGAGCUGGAGAGUCGUCAGAAGAAGCUUGAACAUGCCAAUCGACAUCUGAUGUUGAGGAUACAGGAAUUAGAGAUGCAGGCUCGGGCUCACGGGCUGGCGAUCACAUCUUCAGCGCUCUGCUCUGCUGAUCUCGGGUCCCGAAACAUCAAGCAGGAGCCCUCUCUGGAGGACUGUCACCAGGACCUGUACACACUCCACCCCCAUCACCAACACCACCCCGCCUGCACCCCAGAACCACCCGGCACCCUGGAGCUAAACGAAGGCCACUCUAAUUUCUCCGAGGGCCACUACAGCGUUCACACCAAGCCGGGCUCCAAACUCAACGACAUCCUCAUGGAAGACACCUUAUCACCGGUGAGAGGAGGGGACCCUUUGCUCUCGUCUGUCUCCCCAGACGCCUCAAAGGACAGCAGUCGCAAGAGCAGUGUAAGCAUGGAUGAGAAUGAGCAGGGCUGUUAGCACCCCCUACUGGAAGACCCCUCACCUGCAUCUUCAACCCCUCCAUCCUGCUGCAAGAGUUCCUGUCAGUAGCUAACACACUCCCAGCUGCUUGAGAGGCUUCUUUCUGUUCAUGUUUGUCAUGUGUUUUUUUUCUCCCCCCUACCUGUGUUUACAUGUACUGAAUCUUUUCCAUUCAUGUAUUUUUUUUUUUUUUUUUGUUAGUUUUUUUUGUGAUAUCUUUGUCUUUUCAAGCCCUCAACCUUGAUUUCAAGGACUGAUUUUAAAGUAUGUUUGCUUUAAUCAAUACUUUGAUGACAAUGAGUUACAAAAAUAGAAGUUUUUAUAUUUAAAAGAAUAUGCAUUUAUCUUUGGAUAGAGGCUAGAUUAUGUUUAUUUCUAUUGAUUCCAAAGAAUCUAGGGAAAUUAUAAAUCAUGGUCAGAAAUGUAGAUAUUUUGUGGUGAGAUGAACACUGCUUUUUAAAUCACUAGCAAUAAUAGAAAAGAAAACAAAUCUAUUUAUUACUAUAGUGCUUUACACUCCUUGUGUCUUAGAUUGAACUUGAAUGUGCCAAUGCCUUAUUAAGAUGUGUAUACAUCGAUGUUGUAUUGCUAUGCACAUGUUCUGGCUGUUAGCUAAGUCUUUGCCAGUCUUCCAGUUGAAAUUUCCUUCUUGACAAAUAUUAAUCAUUUGUAGAUUUGAACUUAUUUAUGUAUCUAUGUAAACAGGACUUUAUGUAUACAUUCCCCUAAGAAAUUAAUUUAUAAAAAGGCAUUUAAACGAGCCUGAGAUAAUAAAUCAAAGCACAUU